AAAACCUCCCAAACCACUGUUCAAACAAACCCUUUAUUUUCUUAACAAAGAAAAAACUAUAAAUUAUUUUAAUCACAUCUUUGAUAAAUAUACAUUCACACUGAAAUUUGGAGUUGGAGUAAGAGUUGGAGCGGGAGCUAGUUUGAUGGAUGAGUGGCGUUCAAUACCUCUUCUCAAAACUCACCUCUCCAUGGCGACCUCUGCCUCUCCAUCCAUGGCGUCGCCGUGGCGCUUCUUUGAUCCUUUCAUUUUCUACCCAAACCUCCUUACAAACACCAUCGCCGCCACACCUACGCUUCCUUCUUUUGACUUGCAUCAGGGAAGGAAAUCUUCGCUCAGGAUCCUCUAUCCACGCCCGUAUAAUCAAAUCCCCGCCCUUCACUGACCUCCACAAUCCAUCCACCAACGUAAUUUGCAACUCGCUGCUGCACAUGUACUGCAAAAGCGGUCGACUUCCCGACGCACUCAAGGUGUUCGACGAUAUGCCCCUGAGGGACACUGUUUCUUACAACUCCCUUAUUUCAGGUCUCCUGAAACUCGGCCACUUGCGAGAUGCAUUCGGGCAUUUCAAAACGCUGUUGGGCUGCAAUUCAUGUUGGUUCGAUCACGCGAGCUUGACGUCGAUUCUAUCGGCUUGUGGUGGCGGGAGCAUGGCGUGGCUCGGGACAGUAAAGAUGAUCCACGCAUUGGCAAUCUCGAAUGGCUAUGGAAUGCAAAUUGCAGUCGGGAAUGCGCUGAUAACGUCGUACUUCAGGUGCCGAUCGUUUGAGUCGGGCAUGCGCCUUUUUCACGAGGUUGCGCCGUGGAGGAAUGUGGUUACGUGGACGGCAGUGAUAUCGGGCCUAGCACAAAAUGAGUUUUACAUAGAUAGCAUAAACUUGUUCGUGGAAAUGUGGCGCGGCGUUACGGUUUCCCCGAAUCGCUUGACGUAUUUGAGCGCCAUCACGGCGUGCUCCGGCUUGAGAGCGCUCGAAGCGGGCUCUCAAAUUCACGGCGUUGUUUGGAAGUUGGGGUUCCAGUCAGAUGUAUGCGUCGAAAGCGCAUUGAUGGAUAUGUACGCGAAGUGUGGUUGCGUCGAGGCCGCAUGGCGGAUAUUCGAAUCCGCGGAGAUAGUCGACAAGGUGUCGCUCACGGUCAUCCUCGCCGGUUUGGCGCAAAACGGCUUCGAACGAGAGGCUAUAAAGAUGUUCGCGAAGAUCGUGAAUUCAGGCGUCGAAACCGAUCCAAACAUGAUCUCCGCGAUUCUCGGGGUAUCCGGCGUCGACACGUCCCAAACCCUCGGCGCCCAAAUCCACUCUUCGAUCGUCAAGAACGGGUUCUCCUCCAACGUCUACGUCGCGAACGGAUUAAUAAACAUGUACUCGAAAUGCGGGGAGCUCCGGGGAUCUGUUAAAAUCUUCGAGUCGAUGCAUUCCAAGACGCAAAUCUCGUGGAACUCCAUCAUCGCCGCGCACGCCCGUCACGGCGACGGCCGCGAAGCUCUCCGUCGAUACGACGAAAUGCGAUCGAAAGGCGUCGAGCCAACCGACGUUACGUUCUUGUCGUUGCUCCACGCGUGUAGCCACGUCGGGUUGCUACACAAGGGCACGGAGUUCUUACAAACAAUGGAGACUCGGCACGGCUUGCGACCGCGGACGGAGCAUUACGCGUGCAUGGUUGACAUGUUGGGCCGGGCCGGGCUAUCGAAAGAAGCCAAAGAUUUCGUCGACAGGCUGCCCGUGAAACCCGACGCAUUAAUUUGGCAAGCGUUGCUCGGGGCGUGCCGCAUUUGCGGCGAUGUCGGUAUCGGGAAAUACGCGGCUGCGCGGCUGGCCGAGGCCGAGCCGUGUAGCCCGAUGCCGUAUAUCGCGAUGGCGAAUAUUUAUUCGUCGAGAGAGCGGUGGCGUGAGCGGGCGACGACGAUGAGAACGAUGAAGGAGAAGAAAGUUGCCAAGGAAACGGGAAUAAGUUGGAUCGAAGUCGACAAAGAGAUCCAUAGUUUUGUUGUAGAUGAUCGAAUUUAUAAUGACUAUGUAUGUGAGAUCGUUGCCAUGUUGUACGGACACAUGAAUGUGAUCGAUGAUCAAGAAUGUAUUAUCGUCUCGUAAGCAGUUACGGAAUCAGUUGUAAAAUUUUUGGGGCCAAUAUUAUAUUGAU